AUGUCGUCCGAGAAGUCCGAUUUCCUCCCCCCGAGCUAUGAACAAUCUUUCCCAGAUCGUCCGUCUGCAAGCGGCGGCCAGCACAUCAUCGACCACUUGACUAGUGUCCGAGCACAACACAUGCGAGAAAUCGUCGAUGCUAUCGUCUAUCCCAGAAUCGAGGAGCAGGCAAUAUAUGGCAUAGCGAACACGACAAUAGCUCUGAUUCCGUCCGAUGCGGUGCCUGAGAAACCAGUCUCAGAAUUCGACUUUGGUGAUGCGAAAGGCAGCGUGGCUUUGGAACUGGUGGGCUUUGCUUCCGACGAGACAGUUCAACAGGUGCGCUUGAAGGGGCCGCUCAACAAAACACAGUUCUGGCAUCAACCAGGAGUUGUCGAGGAGUUUCGGAGGACUUUGCAGGGUACGCUUGCAACGGCGCCGUUCGCCCCGGUCCCUACCCAAGACCAGCCAAGCUCUCCCGCUUCAGCAUCGCCAGUCGAUGUGUCCACUGCACCCAAAAGCCGAAAAUUACUGAGGAAACAAGGCUUAUCGGGUAGGACAUCAUCUGGCCAGAAUGUUGAGCGCGCAGCCGAGACGGUAGCCGAGCAGCCUGCAAGUGGACUUCACGCCAGAGUAGCACUUGAGCAAAUCUGCUUCCGGACCGUGUCCGACUUCGGGCUAUACGAAACCAUUGACCGGCCAGCCGUGGUUGUACGGGUUGUUGCCGGCCUUUGA